AUGGCGUACCUUUGCGCUCUUCUGCUGCACCUGCGAUUGAUAUGUGAUGGCCUGCUGUGGCAGGCGGGUGCACGGCCUUUGGAUCUGCUCCUUCGCAACAUUCGCAUCAACCUGGAGAGGCAAGCUUGCUUACCGAUAAAUCUGUUUCACUUUAUAGCUCGUCGCAGAGCUAUUGUGCGCAACCCGUGCCCCUUGCUCCUACCAAACUUCGAAUCACAAUGUGUCGGCUGGCGCGUGGAUCCUCAAUUGUUCAAUAUCCACGACCUACAGACCCUUUGUGACUACCAGGCCGCUCAAACGGCCACCGCUCAAGCUGCACCGACGAAUUGA